CGGAACGUGAAGUUUGUUUACGCCAUUUCCUGCCGGCGCCCUCAACCCCGACCUUGCUUCAGUGCUUUAUCGACAUGCCGACCAGUUGUAGACCAUUCAGUGCAAGCGUCACUCACAUGUGGGUCGUACAAGAUUGACGAAAAUAGUACUGAUCUCCAAAUUGCGGGGCCGUGUCUGCUGCUACUCCAUCUGGCUUCUUGUUGAGUACAAGUUGAUUGUGACUUUCCGUACAACAUAAAUCUAAGACACCUCGUUGAUUUUAGUUACGGGUGGUUUUGAUCAAGCAUUUAUCUAUCAAAGGACAGACCUUCUAAUACCCGGCAAAGACAUAUCCAAUAAUCGCCAGCAAUACACCAUGGCCACCACAAAAUCCAUUCUCAUCACCGGUGCCACAGGCAAGCAGGGUGGCUCCGUUCUCAAGCAACUCGCAACACAUCCUUCGAGCUCUCAGUUCACUCUCCUCGCUGUCACGCGCAAUGCUUCAGCUGCCUCUGCACAACGCAUCACAGAGAACCAUCCCGGCGUUAUCCUCGUUCAAGGUGACUUGAACGAUGUUCCUGCCCUGUUUGCAGCCGCCAAAACAGCUCUGAAAGAAGCCGGCAAAAGCGAGCAGAUCUGGGGUGUAUACUCUGUGCAAAUCUCCAUGGGGCCCGGCGUCACCGUCGAGAGCGAAGUCAAACAAGGCACGCAGCUCAUCGACGAGUCGCUCAAAGAAGGCGUCACUCAAUUUGUAUACUCGAGUGUCGACCGUGGUGGCAACGAGCGCAGUUUCGAGACCGGGACACCGAUCCCGCAUUUCCAGAGCAAGCACACAAUCGAGCAGCACUUGCUUGAGAAGGCCGGGAAGGAAGGGGAGAACAUGGGCUGGACGAUUCUGCGGCCCGUGGCUUUCAUGGACAACUUGGCACCUGGGGUUCCCACCAAAGUCUUCCUUGCUGCGUUGAGAGACACACUGCAGGGCAAGCCGCUGCAGUGGGUUUCGACUGAAGACAUUGGCCUUUUUGGUGCGACGGCAUUUGCGGAACACGAGGAGUGGACUGCGCGCACUGAAGGGCUGGCUGGUAGUGAACUCACGUUUGACGAGAUGAGUGGGUGCUUCGAGCGGGUGCUUGGGUUCCCUGCGCCGGCGACGUACGGUGUUUUUGGCUCUGUGCUCAAGUGGGCGGUUACAGAGAUGAGCAUCAUGAUAACUUGGUUUGCUACAGAUGGCUAUGGUGUUGAUAUUGGGCGCCUGAAGAAAGAGGAGCCACGGCUGUGCGACUUCGAGACAUGGCUGAGGGAGAGGAGUGGAUGGAAGGCGCAAGCAAUCGCAAAGUAGGUACUUCAACGCUGGAGUCUGAGGUGUAACUCGUGAGUCUAUGGAGUUGAUAAGUUGUCUAUAAUUCAAAGUUUUCUGGUUCUUCCAACCAUCAUGUUUGGCAUUCGUUAUCAAAAGACAUGAUGGUAUAGUAAUAGUGACAUUGUCCUUCUUCGAAUGUAAAUAUAGACUUAAUAUCACAACAAAAAG